AUGGCCCGAACCAAGCAAACAGCGAGAAAGUCCACCGAAGGAAAAUUGCCUCGUAAACAGCUGGCUACUAAGGCAGCUCGAAAGAGCGCUCCUGCUACUGGUGGCGUGAAUUAAACCGCACCGUUACAGGCCAGGAACAGUGGCCCUCAGAGAGAUCCGUCGUUAUCAGAAGUCCACCGAGUUGCUGAUUCGCAAGUUACCGUUUCAGCGUCUUGUUCGAGAAAUCGCUCAGGAUUUCAAGACCGACUUGCGCUUUCAAAGCUUAGCCGUGCUGCCUCUUCAAGAGGCUAGCGAAGCCUACCUGGUCGGUCUUUUCGAGGACACCAACCUUUGCGCCAUUCACGCUAAACGUGUCACCAUCACGCCUAAAGAUAUCCAGUUGGUUCGUAGGAUCCGGGGCGAACGUGCAUAA